AAUUAAACUUUGUAGACUUUGAUUUUGCGCAGCUGUCCUCAAAAUGGCUGUCACAAGUCCGGAUUUGACACUCAACCUCAACCAGCUCCUGCCAAAGCCUCUACAAGUCCAGGAUCUGCAGUAUGACUACUACUCAAAGUACCUAGCAGCUGCGUGCCACUCUCAGACCGAGUCAAAGAUCGUAAUUCUAGUCAAGGAGGGACUAUCUCCCGAGUCAUGCAGCCUCAGCCCCGUGUCUAGCAUCACGACCAAAGCUGGGCCGCUCUUCGUCUCAUGGGCACCUCCAAACUUUGGGAAACUGCUGGUCUCAGUGCUGGCCGACAACACACUGGUCUACUACCACGGCCAGGCAUCUGGAAGUUGGACCACGCUGCAUGAAAAUGCAAAUGUAAUCAAGGCAAUCAGCUCUCUAUCGGCAGGGGAUCCGCACAAUGGCGACUUACUCGUGGCUCUCGGCUCCCUCACCGGAAAUGUGGCUGUGGUCUCCUCGAGAGAUGGUUACUCUGCAACAACCUUUUUUGCACAUCCAGGAGGCGUAAGAUGUGUUGCCUUUAACACCCCUGAAAGCGAGUCAUCUCUGCUACUAGCUUCCGGAGGAAUUGACGGCACCGUGAAAAUCUGGCACCCUGUGGAUGGCAAAUUCGAAUUGGUGCAAACUCUCGCACUGGAACAAAGCAAGGCAGUACAGCAAGUUGUCUCAAUAUGCUGGAGCAAAGAUGGCCAAUUGGCCGUAUCGACACUAGAAGGUGUAUGCAUUUUCAAGAAGGAAGAUGAGUGGGUACACAAGCAACACAUCAAACUAGACACUCCCGGUCACACCUCAUUCGUAACCUUUAGCAACGAUCGCAUCGUACUGCUCCAGGAAUCACAAACACAAGUCUACAAAAAGGACGAGGAUGGCGUAUUCCACCCCUUCACUAGCCUCUCGGGCUAA